AAAGCUCAUGAGGGGAAAACUCUGAACCUGGCCAUAGGGGAGGAAAGGACCGAUCUACCACCGGCCUUAACCCAUCUUCUGCCCCUGUCCAAGGUCCUCACGGUUCCUUAACAUCUCAGUUCAGGAACAUGCCUGGGUCCUUGGCAGCCCUACUCUGUCUUGGGAUGUAUUUGAGCCAGAGCAUCAUGGCACAGAAAGACGAUCUCCCUAAACCUUCCCUGUGGGCUGUGCCUGGCUCUGUGAUCCCAUGGGGAAAGUCCGUCAUUGUCCGCUGCCAGGGUGCGGAGGGGGCCCACAGGUUCCUUCUGGAGAAGGAUGGGAGCACAGAGCUAAGAGAUAUGCUAGAAGUGCCUGGGCCCUGGAAGGAGGCUGAGUUUUUCAUCCCAGACAUAGCAGCCGAGACAGCAGGGCGUUACCGAUGUCGAUACCAGAGACAAAGCCACUGGUCAGAACUCAGCGACCCUUUGGAACUGGUGGUGACAGGACUAUACCCCAAACCCUCCAUCUCAGUCAAACCAGGCUCCACCGUCGCUGUGGGACAGGGUGUGACUUUGCAUUGCGAGUCACAGCUCGGGUCUGACAGAUACGUGCUCUAUAAGACAACGGGGGCCAACGCACCCCAUGCGCUGCUCUCUAGUGAUUACCACGCCAACUUCCUGUUCCCCUCUGUUACCGACUCCAAUGGCGGCACAUACCUCUGCUACAGUUUUGAUAGUGACUUCCCCUUCCUCUGGUCAACACCCAGUGACACCCUGGUGCUCAAAAUCGCGGGAAGCUCUCAGGACAGUCACGUAGAACACGCACCUCCAAACUAUGAUUAUGUGGCCCAUCAUCAUAAUUUCCUUAGCCUCCGGCUAAUAUUGGUUGGAGUAACUUUGGCCAUCCUGGGGGCUUUGGUGAAUGAAAUCUGGCGUAACAGGGGGUCAGCCCAACCUCCAAAUAAGAAACCCCUUGCCUGAGCAACCAGAAAGAUAGGUGGGAUUGCAAAUGGAUGGACCUCUGGAAGAUCCCCCUAAGGGUCCCUAAAGCCACAGAUGGAGUGAACCAAUAAAGAAUCUGGGGAAA